GAAGACAUUUUUUGACAUUUUCGAAACAUAUUUUGGCAUUUUGCAUUUGCGAACUUUUAAUUACUUGUUUCAGAAGUUUAUUUUAGCGGAAUGAAUGCCCCACCAACGUUCGAAUCAUUUUUGUUGUACGAGGGUGAAAAAAAAAUCAUCAAGGAGUUGGAUACAAAAGUCACCAAUGCAGCGAUUUUCACAGUCAACAAAGAGGAUCACACGCUUGGAAAUAUGAUUAGAAAUCAACUUUUGAAGGAUCCCAAUGUUUUAUUUGCUGGAUACAAAGUGCCACAUCCAUUAGAACACAAAUUUGUUAUCAGAAUUCAAACUACCUCCGAUUACUCUCCACAUGAAGCUUUUAUGAAUGCUAUAACUGAUUUAUUGGCCGAAUUGUCGUUGUUCGAAGAGCGCUUCAAGGAGGCGAUAAAGGAGAAAAAAGAAGGGGGCGACUAAUUGCAUUCUUCUAUUUGGUUUUUAGUCUUUUUAUUUUUAAUAACAUUUGCAUACAUAUGUAGGUGUUUAAAAUAUUCCGUGAUUCCAUUAUACAAAAAACAAGGUAGUCUCCAUGAUAAAAAAGAAGGUAGUUUCAAUAAACCACUUUUGACGGAUAAUAAAA